AUGGGGGGGAAGUGGGCGGCGCUGCGUUGGACCGUUGCGGCGGCGGUGGCGGUGGCGGUGUGGAGCGCGGUGGCGAUGACGGGGAGAGGGGAGCCGCAGGUGCCAUGCUACUUCAUCUUCGGGGACUCGCUGGUCGAUAAUGGCAACAACAACGGCAUCGCCUCCUUGGCCCGCGCCAACUACGCCCCCUACGGCAUCGACUUCCCCGACGGACCCACCGGCAGGUUCUCCAACGGCAAGACCACCACCGAUGUCGUAGGUGAACCCUCCUCUCUCUCACUGUCUCACUCGUCCCUCCUCCCUUCCUCUCUCCUAUCAGGAUCUUAACGAGGUGUGUGAUUCCUCAGCGUACUUGUAUUGUUACGUCGUGACGGAGAGAGGUAAAGAUUGAUGGGAGAGAGAGAGAGAGAGAGAGAGAGAGAGAGAGAGAGAGAGAGAGAGAGAGAGAGACACAGCAUCUAACACUACUUGUGGAACUCUCAGCUGAACUCUUGGGGUUCGACAGUUACAUCCCACCGUUUGCGACCACGAGAGGAGACGCCAUUCUCACCGGCGUGAACUUCGCUUCCGCCGCUGCCGGCAUCCGGGAGGAGACCGGCCAGCAGCUGGUAAGCCCUCUUCAUCUACUCCCCUCUCGCCGCCGGAGAAAUCUUCGGCUCAUCUCUCACCAUCUACUUCAUCUGAUCGACAGUUCUUGUAGGGGGCCCGCAUAAGCUUCACUGGGCAGUUGCAGAACUAUCAGUCAACUGUCUCCCAGGUGGUCAACCUCCUGGGAGACGAGAAUUCCGCCGCCGAUUACCUGAGCAAGUGCAUCUACACCGUCGGUAUGGGCAGCAACGACUACCUGAACAACUACUUCAUGCCGGCGAUUUACUCCACCAGCCGCCGGUACAGUCCCGAGGAAUACGCCGACGUACUCGUUGACGACUACACGGACCAGCUAAGGGUUGGUGAAACUUCACGAGAGUCCUACCAUUGACUUUCGGUUUGGUACGGAUCUGAUCCCCUCGGUGCUGACCGCAGACCCUCUACAACUACGGGGCGAGGAAGGUGGCGGUGAUAGGAGUGGGACAGAUCGGGUGCACCCCCAACCAGCUCGCCCAGCUAAGCUCCAAUGGCGUCACCUGCGUGGACAGGAUCAACAGCGCCAUCGAGAUCUUCAACAGGAAGCUGAUAUCCAUGGUUGACGGCUUCAACGCCAACCUCGACGGCGCCAAGUUCACCUACAUCGACUCCUACGGCAUGUUCCGCGACGUCCUGGCGAAUCCCGCCGCUUACGGUGAUAAAUCAUUAUCAUCAUCAUCUUCUUCUUCGUUAUGAGAGAAAACCGAGAUUAAAGCGUACGGACGUGAUCUUUUCGCAGAAUCUGAUCUGUGUCUGGUUUUUUGCAGGAUUCGACGUGACGAACGCGGGGUGCUGCGGGGUCGGUCGGAACAACGGGCAGAUAACGUGCCUCCCGUUCCAGACGCCAUGCGGCGACCGGAAGAAGUACCUCUUCUGGGACGCCUUCCACCCCUCGGAGGCGGGCAACGAGGUCUUCGGCCGGAGAUCUUACAGCGCCGGGUCGCCUACGGAUGUGCACCCCGUCGACAUCCGCCGCCUUGCACAGCUGUGA